AUGGAAGACGAGAAAGGGAAGAAGGUCUGCGACGACGAGGUGGUGGACAACAUCGUCUCCCAAGUCGUCGCGGGCUACGAGUCCACUUCCAACGCCAUUAUGUCUCCCCUUGCUCUUCACAAGCUGAGGGAGGAGAACGACGCUGUAAGUAGAGACAAGAAUGGUGGCUUCAUUUCCCUGGAUGACAUCCCUAGCAUGAAGUAUACUGCCAAGGUGGUAGAAGAAACAAUUCGAGUAGCCAACGUAGCUCCAAUGGUCCAUCGCGUGGCACAUAGAGAUGUCCAGUACAGAGGCAAUUAUAUUAAGCAAUCACUUUUAUAUGAUUCAGUACUAGUACUUCUCCCACUACUCUAG